CGAGACCAAGGUGGGAAGAAAGGGACCCGGAUGCCGGGACCAUGGAGUUCCCUUUCGACGUGGACGCGCUCCUUGCCGAGCGGAUCACGACGGUGGACCAGCACUUGCAGCCGUCGGGACGAAGGGGAGCCGGGUUCGCCACGACCCACAGGGUGGAUCUGCAGCAGCAGCUCAUGGCGAUUAUAGAUGAAAUGGGCAAAGCCUCCGCUAAGGCCCAGAAUCUGCCAACUCCAAUCACCAGCGCCUCUCGGAUGCAAACCAACCGUCAUGUUCUGUACAUCCUGAAGGACAGCGAAGCAAAAAUGACUGGGAAGGGAAUUAUAAUUGGCUUCCUUAAAGUUGGUUACAAGAAACUCUUUGUACUGGAUCGCCAUGGAGCACACAAUGAAGUGGAACCUCUCUGUGUCCUGGAUUUCUACAUUCAUGAGUCCCUCCAGAGGCAUGGUUACGGCAAGGAGCUCUUCCAUUACAUGUUGCAGAGAGAGCGAGUAGAGCCCCACCAGCUGGCAGUGGACCGUCCCUCAGAGAAACUCCUGUGCUUCCUCCGGAAACACUAUGGCCUCAGUGACACCAUCCCGCAGGUGAACAACUUUGUGAUUUUCCAGGGCUUUUUCAGCCACCAGCAUGCACCAGUGAGAAAGCUGCCUCCAAAGCGUCAUGAGGGGGAGAUAAAACCAUAUUCCUUAUCAGACCGAGAAUUCCUGAAGGAAGAAGUUGAACCCCCGUGGCCUUUCAACCAGUCUCGCUCGCUGACUCGCUCUAGCAGUGUGGGGAACUCCCCAGUGCGGGGCUGCCUCAAGCCUUUCCUCAAUGAGCAGGAGCUGCUGAGGAACCUGCGCCUCUGCCCCCCGCACUCAGCUGCCCACCAUCUGAUGAAUGGGGAGCCUGGAGACCCAAUUUCACAGAGGAGAAGGACCAGCUCCCUGAAUCGCUCUGACAACAGCCAUUGAUCGCCGGUCUCUGCUGUGUCUCCCCAACCACUGGGCCUCCACUUGUGUCUUGAGUUCUUUAUAGCAACGAGAUUUGAUUUUACAUCCAAUUUAUUCAUCCCCUUCCUUUUUUAUAAGCUUUAUGGGUAAAACCUGUAAGAACAUGGGUUAAUUUAUAUAGUGCUGGGAGUGUGUGGUGAGUUUUGUCGUGGGGGAGGGGUUGCUUCAUUUUUUUAAGCAAAGGAAUUUGGUUACGUUUUUAGAAGAUAAAAUCUUCCUUUUUAGCAUUUUCUUUAACUUCAAAUUAUUUAUUGAUUUGUGCUUCAGCUCCAAAGUGGUCAAAGUUUACAGUGAGCAAAUUCUUGGUGUUCUAAGUGAAACGCAAUGUACAGUUUCACAAACACCAUGAACUGCAUUCAGUUGCCACAUAGAUCUGCCUUGGGCUCCUUAGCCAAUGUUUGGUUUUGCCUGCCGGUCAUAGACGCAGGGAAGGCAAUGGUAAGCUACUGGCCUCCUGUGAAUUACCACUUAGUUCCAGAAGGCUUUUCUUGUAAAUGUUGUUCUGGCAACUAAAGUAACCUGACAGAAUCAGGGCAGCAUCUACUAUUAAGAAGGGGGAAGUAGCGCAGAGUACCAUUAAAGGCAACUAUCAAAUUACUUAAGUGGUUAAUACUUAAAAGUGUUUGGAGUGGGUGAGUGUGCCAUUUGGCUUGUCUGCCUUAGGCACCAUUUGGCUUUCUCUUCCUUGUAUGAUAUUUUAUUCCUUAGACUGAAAUCAGACAGUAGUUUUAUUCUGGGGAGUGGAAGGUGGGGUGAGAAGCGACUUGGUGCCUGUGGGGCAUCCGUAUCUCAUGGCUGUCCCUGGUGAACUGGUUUCGUUGGGCUUCAAAAUCUACUUGCUCUGAAAUGGAACCCACUGCUUUAGCAGUGUCCAGGCUGGUAGCCUCAAUUUUAAAGAGGAAACGGUUCUUUUAGGGGAAACAUUUGAUUCAUUAGCCAAAAAUUCCCACCAUUUUCAUCAUGCAUCUGACAGAAAACCUGUGGCAGAACAUGUUUAGACUUUAAUUCUCCAAGGUGUCUUGCAGGGUUUCUUCUCAACUUGUGUCUUGGAGAAAAAGCCAGCAGAAAGCUUUUUCUGAAAUGGGACAGAGCUGGUUUGUUCUCCAGACUAUCCUUUUGCUGUGAGUGGCUAACUUUGAUAUGUGUAUAGGCUAGAACACUUGUGGAUUUGUUUGCAAGGCUUGGCAAGGGAUAGGCCUAUGGGGGAGGGGUGUCAGUGAGGCCCCAUUUUUCCUGCCCCCAGCACAAGUGUAGACCUUUGAAGAAGGCCCAUUUACUCCUCCUCUUGCUCCAUUAUGCCCCCAGCUACUUCUGAGGCACCCUUUGUCCUUAUUUUGAGUGAAUGACCGAGGUGCCUCAUAUGGCUGCAGGCUGUUCUGUUUAAAGCGUUCACCGGGGGGGGGGGGGGGAAUGUGGGGGACAAAUGGAGCUGCAUUGCAGCAAGUCAGCCCUUUAGUCCAUAUCUGCUUCAACAAGCUGCAGGUGUCUGCGGUUUCUGACAGGGGCCUUCCUGAGCCUCAGCAUGUGAUACAUUUUAAGUGGAGCUGCUAGCGAGUGAGCCUCAGGUAUGGGAGACCCCUCUGGAAAUGGGGCAGCCAUGCUGCACCUCUUGCUUGCUGGCACUGCCUUGGGGGAAGGUGCCGUCCCACCCAGAGUGAGCCAUCCCUUCUGCUCCUCACCCCGAGAGGCCCCAUCAGGAAGGCUGGAGCUGCAGUGUGGGAGACACCACUUUGGGGGAAGCACCUCAGUUUGUUCUAGUUGGCUCAGGUUUUUUUAAAUUACUGUUUUAAAUUUUAUAUUGGAAUGUUAUGCUGUUUUGUUGUUUUGUAUUUUUGUACUUUAUUGUAUCAAUUGUGGUUAACUGCCCAGAGAGCUUCAGCUAUUGGGUGGCAUACAAAUGAAAAGCAGGAGAAAAUCAGCCAACCUGGCUCCUAAGUUGGCCUUCUGAGUCCCCUAGUUGGCUGUGCCCCAUUUCCCCGACUCUCAGGGGUUUGGUGCUUUCCCGGCUUUCAUGCAGUUUUCCCCCCAUUCAGAAAAGUUGAAAUGCCUCUUUUUCUGUCUGUAAGAGCUGCAAGCUAAACAUUGCAGUUUCUUUUAGCAUAUUUGCCCAGCUUCCUUUUGCCUUCCGCCCCUCCCAGCACUAAAAUGGUCUCCCAAGACCAAGAACAUCUCCAGAGCCAGUUUCUGCUCUGCUGGAAAGACAUUCCAGGAGAAGUAUCACCCAGAAGGCAGAUCUGAACCCUUCAAUCAUCUCAUGUGCUCUCAGCCUUACCUUGCUCGAUGCACUUGAGUGCUUCUUUCCCAGUUAACUCCUAAUGGUUUUGAAAGCAGGCAAGAAGUACUUACAGAACUUUCAGAGAAGCCAAAAUAGGGUUCUGUGUGGGACUAAAGUUGUUCCCUUUGAAGUGGAUUAUUCUUUUCUCCAGAUAACCAGCAUACAGCAAUUGCAGUCUCCCUCAGUCCCCACUGAAAUUAUAGAACCAGCUUUACCCACAGAGAAAACUCUAUGGAAUCCAGGCCAAGCCUCUCUAGAGAGAGUACUGAGUAAAGCCCUCUGCAAUUGUGCAGCUCCCCCAAAUUGUAACAGCAGCUCAUUAGGCUAUUCAAGUUCUGGACCCUUCUCUGCAGCUCCAGCCCUGCCCUCCCAUCUUCCUCAGCUUUGUAGUCUACCCAGUCUGUUAUAUGUGGUUAUUUGGAUGUUGUUCAGUCUGUCGUAUGUUUUGCCUUUGGAAUGGGAUAAUUGUGCACCUAUGACUGUUUUGUGGGCUGCUUAGUAGUUUAAAAAGGACAUUGUUUUGGUGGUUUAAAAGCAUAAUUGCCUCCAUGCUUCCAAAGCAAGAAUACUUUUUACAGGGUUUAUAAGUGGUAACCUCAGCUGGAGGAAGUUCUGAGUUUUAUUUACAGGUUUGGAAUUGAAAGAGGAUGGUUUCAGGUGACAGAAAGGGAGGAAACUAGGAGCCAAGGAAGCAGAUUGGGGCUUGUGUGCCCUGCUGAAAAGGCAUUUUCCUGCAACAGAAAGAAAGAGAAAGGUAUCAGGAGUC